GGCUGGAAUUGACAAAGGGCAGCCAUGGCUUUGGGCAAGCAACUGUGCUGUGGCAUCGGCUUGGUGGUGGUGUUGGGUUGGCUGGGCUCUGUGCACAGUGCUGUACCGUAUCAAAAGCCAAACCAAAGAAACCAAUUCCCAUGGUCACCACCGCAAGGCAUCCAGUCUGAAGGUAUAUCGUCCUCUUUGACAAAGAACAGACCUCAACAGCAGACUCAGAGGCAACCAAAACAACAACAACAAGAGCAACAUAACAAAGGCGGUGGCGGAACACCAGAGCAGGACGUAUGCGAAGUAGCUCGUCAAAAUAGAGUAACAUGUGGUCCAGAUGGAACGACUGAGGCCCAGUGUCAGGAAAUGGGCUGCUGCUUUUUAGAGGGCGAGUGCUUCUAUGGCAACACUGUAACUCUGCACUGCACCAGAGAUGCUAUAAUCGUCAUUGUGGUCUCCAAGGCUGUCACUGUACCAUACUUGAAUUUGGAGAGCAUUGGCAAUGUAGGCGGGGACCCCAAUCCUGCUUGCGCGCCAGUGGACUCCAAUGAUGCAUUCAUCAUAUACCAGUAUGGUGCAACUGAAUGUGGUACCAGAGUGGGGACAGGGGGCGGUUAUUUGAUCUAUGAAAACAGGAUGUCCUCUGGCUAUUUAAUAGACGAAGGACCCUUAGGCAGCAUCACCAGAGACACUCGUUUUGAGGUUGAAAUCCAGUGUCGGUACAGUGGCGAAGAGGUGCAGGCAGUGGUUGUCAGAUUGCUAUCUCAGCCACCACCUGAGUCUCCAAUUGUACCUGGACCUUUUGAGGUGGAAAUGAGGAUUGCAAGUGGCGAAUGUACCACAAAGGGAUGUAAUAAUCCAGAUGACGUGGCAUACACAUCAUACUACGAGAGUGGUGACUACCCAGUCUAUAGAGAGCUGAAGGAGAACGUCUACGUUGAAGUGCGCUUCCUGAAUAGGAAUGAUCCAAACAUUGUUCUGUCUUUGGGUCGCUGCUGGGCAACAACCACUCCUGAUCCCGAAAGCGUGCCGCAGUGGGACAUUCUGGUGAAUGGCUGUCCAUACACAGGAGAUAGUCAUUUGACCACCUUGAUUCCAUCCACAAAUGUUGACUUCCCUAGCCACUACAGACGCUUCAUGCUGAAAAUGUUCACCUUUUUGGACCCACAAUCAUUCGUUCCAAUGCAAGAAACGGUGUUCCUCCACUGUGAGGUUUCUGUGUGCCAAGCUGGAAAUGAUUGUGAGCCAACAUGCUCAGCUAAUGCAGGGCCUCCUGCUGGCGGUAACACUGGCGGUGACUCGAGCCCAAGCUGGGGUGGAAGUGACUCGAGCCCAAGCUGGGGUGGAAGUGGGUCGAGCCCUAGCUGGGGGGGAAGUGGGCAGCAGAAUCAGCAGAAUCAGCAGAAUCAAAGGCAAGGGACUACCGUUACAUCUCAAGGGAUUCACUACCGUCCAUAAAUCUCAGAACACAGUCAACUUCCUGAGCUCAAAGGCAUCCAUCAGAGAGCUGGCGACUGUGGUUUAUUGAAUUCCACUGUUUGGAAAGUGAUCAUAAAAAUCUUGAAUUCAAUAAAAGCUUCACAUUAUGCAAAAAA